AUCUAUUAUGAAGAAUUAUGAAGAAUCUUUUAAUAAUGAAAACGAAGAAAAUCGAUCGAUUACAAUUUACUGUAAUUUUCUCGCAUUGUAUUCUAUCAUUAUGAACAGUUUUACAUAACAUUUAACAUCUGAUCAGAACGAUGGACGUAUUCGAUAAACAGUAUGCUACUUAUCGUACUGUAUUGAAAAUCGUUGGACUGUGGCCAUACGAUAACUCGAUCUAUGUUUGGAUUCAGAGAUUAUGGUUAUUAAGCUACUUUCUUGCCAAUAUAAUAUUUCAGAUCGUGUCACUUUUAAGAUCUGAAAUUACAUUACAAAACAGCAUUUUAACGUUAUCUAUAACCUGUCCAUUUGUGCUAUUUUUGUUACGAUAUAUAGGUUCUAUAGCCUUUUUUCCUACAAUAAAAAUUAUAUUCAAGCAUAUACGUACAGAGGAAAGUAUCGUUCAAGAUUCAAUAGAAUCGCAAAUACGAAUGAAAUUGAUCGAUGAUUCGCAUCAUAUGAUCAACAUUUUUUUCUGGAUGACAUACACGACUAUUGUAAUUAACAUUACAUAUGUAUUGUAUCCUAUAAUAUUGGAUUUCAUGAUACCUUUGAAUGAAUCUCGUACUCGUACCAUUUAUUACAUCACAACCUUUUCUCACGAUCAAAUCAUAUAUCUCGAUAUUCUAAAUUUCAAUUUUAUAUUUACUGGCAUAUUUGGAUUAUUAUCUGUAGCAUGUUCGGAAUCGAUAACCGGAAUUUGUAGUUAUUAUAUAUGCGUGUUGUUGAAAAUUGUGAGCUAUCGAAUACAAAAUAUUGUUAUGUAUUUAGCUAUGUUUAAGCUCUCACCUAAACAAAUUGAUUCGAAACUUCUAGAGCUUUAUCGUGUAGUGGAUAUUCACAAUCAAACUAUCGAACUUACCGAUUUCGCGGUAAGUACUGCAGGGAUACAUUAUAUAAUAGCUAGUUUCCUAGUUGUGGUCUCAUUGGCUAUAAAUUUGUAUCGACUAGUAAAUUCAACUUUAAUUAAGAAGAACCAAUUAGAAAUAUUAUUCUGUUUCACACUUGUUGCUAUUCACUUGGUGAUUAUAUUUCUCAAUAAUUAUAAUGGUCAAGUACUUAUGAACAAUAGCCAAGAAUUGUUCGAUGAAUUAUACAAUUCGAUGUGGUAUUCCAUGCCAUUGAAAGCGCAAAAAAUCUUAUUGCUAAUCAUGUUACAAAGUACAACGACACAUGCAUUCAACAUCUUAGGUUUGUUCACCCCAUGCCAUACAGGAUUUUCAACGUUGUCGCAUACGAAGAGCAAUUGAUAGUGAUUCGGAAAAAAAUAUUGCGAAUGAUGAAAUUGAUCAAACUUAUAGGAAAAUUUGCGAUGCAAUGGAAACUUAUACGCGUAUCAAGUCGGUAUUGAUAUUAAUAUCACAGAUAAAAUAAAUUUCAGAAGCUAAAGAUAUAGAUCUAACCUAAAAUUUUUCAAGCAUGUGCAAUGUCCUAUUGAAAAAGUUGUCCUUAAUGAAUGCGAUCAUCAAUCUGAUAAUCGCAUUUUCUUUAUGAUAUACUUAUAUGAUAUU